ACCGCCCCUCUCCCUCAAAUUGUGUUUAUAAAUCGCUCCCUACACCACUCUCAAUUCCUCCGUUCACACCAUCGUCGUUUCGCUCCUGGUUUCGACUCAUCUCUCUCUCUCUCUCUCUCUCUGUCUGAUGAGCUUUCUCUCCCUUGGUGCGUGAUGUGUGGAGGCGCCAUCAUUUCCGACUUCGUCGAGGAGCGGCUCGACCGCCGCCGCCCCGGGAGCUGCCGCCCCGAGAGGAAGCUGACCCCUCACGAGCUCUGGUCCGAGCUCGACCCCGCCUCCGACCUCCUCAGCCUCGACGGCCCCGUGGCCCAAGGCCACCCCAACCCUUUCUCUCUCGUCGCAAACCAACUCAACCAAGUGAUGAAGAGUGAAGAGAAGAACACUGAGGAGGCGGGUCACGGACACGUGUCGGAGACCCAGAAGAGCCAGAGCAAUGGCCGGAGCCAGAGGGCUCGCAAGAACGUGUACAGAGGGAUCCGGCAGAGGCCGUGGGGCAAGUGGGCCGCCGAGAUCAGGGAUCCCCACAAGGGCGUCCGCGUCUGGCUCGGCACCUUCAAGACCGCCGAGGAGGCGGCGCGGGCCUACGACGAAGCCGCCAAGCGCAUCCGCGGCGACAAGGCCAAGCUCAACUUCUCCGGCCCCCCGGCCCCGGCCCAGCCGUCAGCUAAGAAGAGGUGCGUGGCUCCUGACGAGCCGAAGGAUGAGGCCGGAGCUGCAGGAUGUGAGCUGAAGGAGCGGAUCGCCAGCUUGGAAUCUUUCCUGGAGCUGGAGCCAGCCGAGGAGCCGCUCGAGCCGGGCACCGGGCCGUCCCCGGCUGAUCUCUGGAUGCUCGAAGACCUCGUCACUCAUCACCAGCACCGUUUCGAUAACCAGCUUGUUUAUUAGAUAAUAACUGAGUUUGAUCACUGAUCAUGGUACUUUAAACUCGUGUUCUAGCUUUGGGAUGCUUAACUAUGCCAUGUUUUAGACGUGUAAGAACCGUUGUGCUUUCGAGUGCCAUUAAUACAGUACCAAGUAUCGUAUCGUCGUCCUGUACA